UCAUAACUCACACUCAUCCAAUUAUUCGUGCUAUUAUUUGUGAAAAUUAAUUUUAUUAUCAUUGAUAUUGAUUGUAGAUAGAAAGUUUAAGUCAUUUCUCAUUAUUCAUUCACCCUAUUUUAAAUAAUCUAGUCAUUAGGCUAUUGUACGAUUUCAAAAUGAUUCGAGUUGUACAGAGAAAGGCGGCUGUUAUAGUUCAUUUGCACUAGAUCUCGCUAUUAAUUAACUAAAAAUACAUUGAAUAAUGGUCAAUUAUUUGAGUUUUUUACUCUCAAUUUGAAAUCUUAUUGAGCUAGCUGCAAAUAACUGGAUCAGUUCAGGACAAUUUCUCUUCGAAAUAUCUGAAAUCGUACUCUAUGUUUAAUUAUAAUAUUUAUUUUAGCAGAUAUAGGGAUUUUAGUUGUGUGUUACAUGGAUAUAGCUUUGUAUUUCGAAGGUUUAAUUAGGAUUUUUUGGGUUUUUGUGAGUUGAGGUUUUUCAUGUUCUAUUUAUGAUGUCAGCAUUUCUUCAGGAUAACAUCAGUAUCUUAGAUCCAACCAAUUCUGUCAGUUUCUUGUGAAUCUCAUUUUAGUGUCGACGCCAUAACGUAGAAAUGCGAAAUUUUGAAUUUGAAGGUUCAGUGCCACAGCCAUACUGAUAUUAUUUUCUCCUCUUGGUCCUCGGCGAAGAUAGUUCGAAGUUAUAUCUGAAAUAAUAUCAAUAAACUGGAAUUUCGUAUGUAUUUAUCAAUUUUAUUGAUUAUAUAAUCAAAAUUUUGAUUCUUGUGUCAUAGAAUUCCAAAUAGAAUUGAAGAAAUAUCAGCCAAAAAUGUAGGUCAAUUUAGUUCCGUCAUGUUGGCAAUAUAGCUUUGCUCUCUGUCUUGUCUACCUAGCUAGUCAAAACAACUGUCAGAUUUUAGUGUUAAUCUUUUAAAGUUUCCUUGAUAAUAAUGAAUUAUUGUAAUUCUAAAGUAUAUCUGUUCAAAUAACAGUUUUUCAACAUAAUUUUAUCCUGUAUUUUCUAAUUGCGUGAAUGUGCUAUUAGUGCUACUUUAUCUGACUAAAACGUGCGUCAGCAACGCAUCGAUUGGAGCUUGGCUACUGAUUCACUCCUGUCAUGGACCACAGCAAACAAGUAUGCCACUUGACAGGUAUGGACCAACAAAUUAGUGGAGAAGAUACUUGACGAGUUCUGCAAUGUAUUGAUGAAGCCAGAUUGCUGGAGGUUGAGAUACAUGGAUGCUGAUUUAUGAGUUUGCCAUCCUGAUGUGACUUGAGUCAUGGACCAGAGCAGAGCCUUCACGUGUGCUUGUUGACAACAGCUGUGAGCAGAGUGAGACAGAACAAGAGAGGAGCUGUAGAUCAUCACAGCAUGUCUGCGGAACAUUUGAGCAAGCGAAGUGAGUUCUCACCAUCUGAGAUCAUCACUCUGUCGCCGCGCGAAGUGAGUUCUCAUCCCCUGUUGCAGUCUCCAUUCACCUGGAUUGCGCGAGUGUUGAAAUGUUGGAAGCUGGCAGAGGAAGGAAUGUUGCUAGCCUACUUUGAGGGUCAACUUCUCCCACUCAUCAUCAAUGGACAUUUCACUCACUCACAGUACUCGAGGACACAGAAGAGAGGGACAGACACAACAGAGGAGAAUGAUGGCCAGCUCCACAGAAGAAGUCAAAUGGAGGAUAUCAAGAAGAAGCAGAUUACAAAAAAGUGACAAGUGCAAAAUGAUAAGACUGUAAUUUAGUGUAAUGAUUGAUUUCAAGUGAAAAAGUUAAGUGUGAGAAUGAAAGGACUCUAAUCUGGUUUCACUCACACCGAGGACAUUGAAAUGUUUUGUUGUUGUGUUAUGUUUUUCAGUUUUGCAUCUUGUGUUGUAAGAAAUAAAUGAGCUUGGGGUGUGUCCUAUUUUGGGGUGGGGGGUUGGCUUUUCAGGUAUCGAUGCAGGCUGGCGGGAGGAGGAGGUGGAGGGGAGAGGACAUCGCAGAACUUCAAAAAAGGUAAAGUCCGCUCUCAACCGAUUUGAACAGUUCAAUCAAAUUCUCUUUCCUCAUACUAUUCACAUACUUUUCAAUUCAUUUCAGUUUUCAUCAUUUCAAUCAUCUGUCUUUACAUUUUUUAAAUUUUCAUACAAGUCUUUAAUUAUUUUACAACUGGCAUCUUUCGAUGUAACUUGUGAAGCUUCUUUUGAAUCAUUUUUUUUUCAAAUACGUUCAAUUCUAAAGUCUGACUUUUGUAAUUAAAUGUUAAUAAUAUAAAUGCAUUGUUGAACUGUUGAAUUCGGUAGUGGGCGACUUGUAUGAAAUUGGUGAUGCAUGUCUAGACCAUCAACCCCUUUUCAGUAGUUUUCUCUUCAGUUUUUCUUUCUAUCAGCUUUUGUAUUUGAACCUUUAAUUCUAUUUUCUCAUUGUUUAUAGGAAAUGUCCCUUCCAUUUUUUAGUUUCAGGUUUUUUUUAUUUGCUUUGGAGGCGAACCUUCAGUUCAAAUUCAAUAUCAAAAACUAUAAUCAUGCUCUUUUUUUAGUUCUUUCUGCUCUAGGAUUGACCCUUUUCAUAAUUCUUAUCUAGAAUUGUUAAUGAACCUUCAGUCCAUUAAAUACUUCCUCUCUUCCAAUAUAAUGUUAGUUUCAAUGAAUUUUUAGAUAUUUUGUUGGGUGUUGCCACACUGUUUGCUUUUUUUCAGGUGGAAAUCGUCUUCAUCUUUUAUCCUCUAUUUUUCUUUCUUGUGUCUUGUGUUGUUGUUGCAUCUUUCAGAAUAUUGUUAGCUAACUUCUAAAAACUGUCAAAUCUUCUGUAUACUUUUUUAAAGUGUAUUUUCAAAUUGUAAACACUGCAUGUAAUCCCUUCCUUUACCUCAUACUAAUUUUCAGUUUUGCCUUUCCCUCAUCCUCUCCAGUGUAAAUAUCAUUACCUACUUAGUUCUUCUGUCUCCAUCUCUCAUGUAGUAUUUUACCUCAACUCAUCCUUCCUCUACUACACUCACUCUCCACUUCCUCUAAAAAUCCAAUCUACUUUUACUCCUUCUCACUUCUGCAUUUUUUUCCAACUGGCAUUCUUGCCUCCUUUUCCUUCCUCCUACUAUCAUUCCCAUUUCUGCAUCCUUAUCCUGAUAUUUUUUCAUCUUUCACAAUCCCCUGCUAUCAUUCUUAACUGUGUAUUCUUAUCCUGGUAUUUUUUGACUCCUUCCAUAAUUCACCACUAUCAUUCCUAUCUCUGUAUCCUUGUCCUGGUGUUUUUUAUCUCCUUCCACAAUUCCCAGCUAUAAUUCUUAUCUUUGUAUACUCAUCCUGUAUUUUUAUUCCUCCUUCGACAAUUCCUAGCUAUCAUUUCUACCCCUUAAU